UAAGACUGUUGUUACCACGAUCAGCUGUUUUGUUAUUGUGUACUUGCCCGUCUGACAUGGGGCGAUUCUCUUGACAGAAGAACACUUGCCUUUCACCAAGAGGGAAAAAUAAUAAGCUAGACUACCUCAUUCGACGCAACCGUUAUGGUCUAAUCUACCUUAUAUUCAAUUGCGUUUUAGUGCAGUUUGGAUAUCAAUUUGACCGAAGGAAAAAUCCAAAGCAGGCCUUUGGUGCACGUUGCUUUGAUCAACUCCACACUUACCACACAAAACCCCUUCCUGCCUCAACUACUUCCCUCGAGGAGACGAAGGGGCCAAGUGUACAACCAGCCAACAAGCUAACAAACCAACAAGUGGACCAGAUCAGAGUCAGAAACUCAGACUCCUAGCCAUGUUCCAGCGUCUUACAAGCCUCUUCUUUGGGAGUGCAGAGGACUCUUCCCCUGCAGUUCCGGUGCCCAGACCUCAUGAGGAGGAUGAGGAGGAAUGGCAGCUCGUCAACAUCACUGAAGCAGACAUUCCCAGUGGGUCCAGUUCUCUGGCAGAUGUGGCAAUGAACCAGCCCAGCCUACCAGUGUGUCUUCCCCAGCCUAGCCAGGCCUCUGAGGAGAGUGUUGUUAGCCUCAUGAACAACACUAGCCUGGCAGAGGAAGAGGUGCCUGUUCCACUCAGAGCCACGGCAGGUCGCCUGGUUCGUGGGCUGGCGUCGCAGGCUGGCGCCUUGGCUAAGGUCACACAGAUUACCCGCGUGCAGCACGCACAGGCAUGGGCACACCGCUGCUACCUGGGCCGCAACUGCAUCCAGCGGCAGAACAGUACCCGGCAGAGGCUGCCCCGCCACGCCACACGGCAACACCCAAAGAUGCUGCAGCAGCCCGGCCACCGCAACUUCUGCCACUGAGAAGCGAGAAGCACCACACACACAUUCACACACAAACACACAGACUUACUCACAUACACAGACACACACACUCUAGCUCAGCAAGGAAGCUGUAAGAAAGCGGAUACACUUCAGAAGCCCUCACACACACAUAUUGCGCACACACACAUUUUGUUUAGGAGUUUCACAAUGUUGGAAAUAAAAUCCUGCCUCAAACGUUUUAA